CUUUCCUUCCCAAGCGCCGAGGAGGCCCCAGCUCCCAAGGGGCUUUGAAGCUGGAGCAUUGGUGAAGGGGGAGGAGCUGAGCCACACUCUUGCAAGACCACCUCCCUGCCAACCCCGAGGAAGCAUGAACCGGAAAGACAGCAAGAGGAAGUCCCACCAGGAAUGCCCAGAGAAGAUAGGGGGGCGGGGACGGGCCCGACAAGCCCGCCGCCACAAGACAUGCCCCAGCCCCCGGGAAAUCAGCAAGGUCAUGUCUUCCAUGGCUCUGGGCGUGCUGAAUGAGGGCGGCUGCAGCGAAGAUGAGCUGCUGGAGAAAUGCAUUCAGUCCUUUGACUCAGCUGGCAGCCUGCGCCGCGGGGACCACAUUCUCAACAUGGUACUGGCCAUGCACAGCUGGGUACUGCCUUCUGCCCAUCUUGCUGCCCGUCUGCUGACCUUGUACCAGGAGGCCACAGGGAACACGCAGGAGCUGAGGAGGCUGCAGAUCUGUCACCUGGUCCGGUACUGGCUGACCCAACACCCUGAGAUGGUGCACCAGGAGCCCCAGUUAGAAGAGGUCAUAGGUCGCUUCUGGGCCACCGUGGAGCAGGAGGGCAACUCAGCCCAGAGGAUCCUGGGAGACUUCUCUAACCUGCUGAGCCCGGGUGGCCCUGGCCCCCCACCCCCUGUGAGCAGCCCAGGCCUGGGCAAAAAGCGCAAAGUGUCCUUGCUUUUUGAUCACCUGGAGACGGGAGAACUGGCAGAGCACCUAACUUACCUGGAGUUCCGGUCCUUCCAGGCUAUCACACCCCAGGACCUGCGGGGCUACGUUUUGCAGGGUUCCGUGCGGGGUUGUCCGGCCCUGGAGGGUUCCGUAGGUCUCAGCAACAGCGUGUCCCGCUGGGUGCAGGUCAUGGUGCUGAGCCGUCCCGGGCCCGCACAGCGCGCUCAGGUGCUGGAGAAGUUCAUCCACGUGGCACAGAGGCUCCACCAGCUGCAGAAUUUCAACACGCUGAUGGCAGUCACUGGGGGCCUAUGUCACAGUGCCAUCUCCAGACUCAAGGACUCCCACGCCCACCUGAGCCCUGACAGCACCAAGGCCCUGCUCGAGCUGACUGAGCUCCUUGCCUCCCGCAACAACUACGCCUGUUACCGCCGCGCCUGGGCUGGCUGCACGGGCUUCCGGCUGCCUCUACUGGGUGUGCACCUCAAGGACCUGGUGUCCCUGCACGAGGCACAUCCAGACAGGUUGCCUGACGGCCGCCUGCACCUUCUGAAGCUCAACAGCCUCUACUUGCGGCUGCAGGAGCUGGCAGCCCUCCAGAGGCAACAGCCCCCCUGCAGUGCCAACGAGGACCUGCUGCAUCUGCUAACGCCCUAUGACGAGGGGAACCUUAUCAUACCCAUUCUACAGAUUGGAAAACUGAGGCCCACGGAGCUUUCCCUGGAUCUCUUCUACACAGAGGACAAGAUCUAUGAGCUUUCUUACCUCCGGGAGCCCCGCUAUCCCAAGAGUCUGCCACACUCCCCCUUCAAGACGCACCUGGUGGUGGAGUGGGCCCCUGGCGUGACACCCAAGCCCGACAGGGUCACUCUAGGUCAGCAUGUGGAGAAGCUGGUGGAGUCCGUGUUCAAGAAUUAUGACCCUGAAGGCCGAGGCACCAUCUCUCAGGAGGACUUUGAGCGACUCUCAGGCAACUUCCCCUUCGCCUGCCACGGGCUUCACCCACCCCUCCGCCAGGGGAGUGGCUCCUUCAGCCGAGAGGAGGUGACAGAAUACCUGCUCCAGGCCAGCGCCAUCUGCUCCAAGCUGGGCCUGGACUUCCUGCAUGCCUUCCAGGAGGUCAACUUCCGCAAGCCCGCCUUCUGUGUCAGCUGCAGUGGCUUCCUCUGGGGUGUCACCAAGCAAGGCUACCGCUGUCAGGACUGUGGGCUGUGUUGCCACAAACACUGCAGAGACCAAGUGAAGGUGAAGUGUAAGAAGAGGCCAGGGGCCAAGGGCGAUGGGAGCCCCCCAGGAGCACCUGUCCCACCCACACCAGUGCCCCACGCCAGCUGUGGCUCUGAGGACAAUCUCUCCUACACACUAUCUCUGGAACCUGGGACCACAUGCAACGUUCGCCAUGACUGGACCCAGAUCAAGCACCCCCAUCCUUCCUGAGAACCAGAGACGGUUCCCCUCCCAGCAACGGCCCCACCACCCACCCAGUCCUCCAAGCUGAAUUCCUAGAUGUCGCCUUGGUCUCCUCCUCGCCCCCACUCCCUCCCCCAGAGUCACUUUCAAGUCCUUUUAUUUGGCCUCCAGCAGAACCCCCAAAGGCACUGCCUUCUUCCCAUCCACGCUGUCUUUGCUGAAGCACCCAUCAUCUCUUACUCCAAAAGAGUUAUUUUCUUCUUUUGCAUCAGAGUGGCUAUUAAUCCUACUCCCUUUUCUUGCACUUACUAUCUGUGCAGCUCCAUGUUGGAUACAUUUACUUAGGCAUCACCUCACCAAUUCCUUAAAUCUCCAUUUUACAGAUAAGGAAACAGGCCCAGUGAGGUUAAACUGCUCACCCAAGGGAGCAGAACUCCUAAGUGUUGGAGGCAGGACUCACACCCAGGUCUUCUGUCUGCCUCAAAAAGAGAAGCUCCUGCCCAAUAUGUUACACUGAUGGUCAGCAUAGGUCAGGAGCAGGAGGGGACGGGGGUGGGAGGCAGAGUUCCAAAUUCUGAGGUUCCAGACAGGAGAGAAGGCUGGAUGGACCAGGGAGGGAGCCUGCAGAUACCUGUGUAAGAUCACAUCCCUCCUCCAUCACUUCUCCAACCUCCCCUGCCACCACUCACCCCCUCAUUCAUCCUGCUUCACCUACACUGGCCUCUGAUGGCCCCGGAUCAUGCCAAAAAUACUCCUACCUCAGGGCCUUUGCACUGGCCAACCCCUCUACCUGGAAGACUCUCCCUCAGAGGUCCACCUGGCUCUUUGGGACUUAGCUCAAGGGCCACCUUUUCAGUGAGGACUUCCCUGAUCACACUUCAAGUUGUAAUCCCCCUAGGGUCCCUACCCAGCCUUCCUCCUUUAUUUUUCUCUAAAGCCCUUUCCCCAUCUGACAAACUAUACUUUCUUGUCUGCCUU